UUUGAUUUCCUUUCCGGGGUAGCUCCGGUGAGCGGCCGGCCUGGCUGCCAGCUCACCGCUGUGGGCGGAGCCACGCUGACAGCUGGACUGAAAGCGGAAGUGACUGAGGAGUUUUCAGCCGCUGAGGAGAAAGAAGGAGCGCGGAUCUCCAGUUGAUGGGAUGAUGGUGCCACCAGCAGACAGCAGCGCCUUCAGCCCGCUGGUGGUUCUGGAGCUGCUUCCUGAUACCAAGCAGGAGGCCAUCACAUGGCUGCUGGGCAGGAUCCGAGAGCCGCAGGAGACUGGAGGUGCCGGCUUACUGGUGGAGCAGCUGGGUCCUGGACUGGGAGCUGUGGAGAAGGAGAAUCCCAACUUGUUUCUGGUAGGCGCCUCCAGGGAGCGGCUGCUGUCUGGUGCUGAGGAUGUUGGCCUCUUCAAGGAGUACAGGGACGGCUCCAUGCGAGGCUUCACCUGCUCCAACAAACAGCAUUUCAAGGACUUCCAAGGGGACGGAGACGGCUUUCUGAGCAUGGCUGAGUGUCAGCACAUCAUCAAACAUGAGCUGGACACGCUGCGGGCCAAAGACGAGACGCACGUCCCAGGAUACAGCCACGCCAAGCUUUACCCGGGGAAAUCCAUCAUCCGCAGAUUGCUGUCCAAAGGGAUCCUGAUCCAGAUGUUUCCACUCCACCAGCCAGAGGAGCUCAAGAGACUCUCCUUUUCCUGGUAUAAAAAAGUCAAGCUGUCGCUUCAGCCUCUCGAUGACAUCAGACGGUACUACGGCGAGGGCCAGGCGCUCUACUUUGGCUUCCUGGAGUACUUCACCUUUGCCCUGGUUCCUAUGGCUCUGUUUGGAGUGCCUUACUACCUGUUUGACUGGGAGGAUUAUGACAAAUAUGUAGUCUUUGCUGGUUUCAACGUCAUCUGGUGCACCAUCAUCCUGGAGCUAUGGAAGAGAUGCAGCGCUUCGCUCGCCUACCGCUGGGGCACGCUGAGCAGGAAGAAGGCCUUUGAAGAACCUCGACCCGGUUUCCACGGUGUCCUCGGUUUCAACCCUGUGACAGGACGGGAGGAGCCGCUGUAUCCCAAUGCCAAGCGACAGCUGCGCAUCUACCUGGUGUCCCUGCCCUUUGUCCUGCUUUGUCUCUACCUGUCUCUGUACGUCAUGAUGAUCUACUUCCAGAUGGAGGCCUGGGUGCUGUCCAUCCACGACCAGGAGCCUUCGUUCUGGACGGCAGUGCUUCUUUUCAUCCCCAGCAUCAUCUACGCUGUGGUGAUAGAAGCCAUGAACCUGGUCUACAGAUACGCUGCAGAGUUCCUCACAGAAUGGGAGAACCACCGACUGGAGUCUUCAUAUCAGAAUCAUCUGGUCCUCAAAGUCCUUGUUUUCAACUUCUUCAACUGUUUUGCUUCGCUGUUCUACAUUGCGUUUGUGAUGCAGGACAUGCUGCUGCUCCGGCAGAGUCUGGCCACCUUAUUGAUCACCAGUCAGAUCCUGAACCAGAUCAUGGAGGCCUUCCUGCCUUACUGGUUGCAGAGGAGGCGCAACAAGAAGCUGAUUCGCAAAGUUCAGAAGAGAAGAACCCUUGGAGACAAAGAGCUUCCUCUGGCAGAGCAGGUGCGGCUGGAGGCCGAUAUGAGCACGUACUUGGGCACGUUUGACGACUACCUGGAGCUCUUCCUGCUCUUUGGGUACGUGAGCCUUUUCUCUUGCGUCUACCCACUGGCUGCUGUCCUGGUGGUUCUGAACAACAUCACAGAGGUUUACUCUGACGCCUUCAAGAUGUGUCAAGUGUUCAAACGACCCUUUGCUGAUCCGGCUUCAAACAUCGGAGUCUGGCAGCUCGCCUUUGAGACCAUGAGUGUGAUUGCUGUUGUGACCAACUGUGGCCUCAUCGGCAUGUCUCCACAAGUCAGAGCGUUCUUCCCCGACUCCGACAGCCAGCUCAUCCUGUGGACGGUGGCCAUCGAGCAUGGACUGUUGGCCUUCAAGUUCAUCCUGACCUUCCUCAUCCCAGACGUCCCCAAGCACAUCCAGAUCAAGCUGGCCCGGCUGGAGUUCGAGUCGCUGGAGGCUCUUAAGAAAAAGAAAAUGCUGGAAGGUUCCGAGCUGAAGAAGGACUUCCUGUGAGGAAGAGGAGGACCUGCAGACUCUGAUGGUUGCAGCGUUACACUGAGGCUCCUGUCUGUGUUUUAAAAAUCAAAGCUAUGUGGUUUUUAGGGUUUGUUGCUUUUCUGGUUGGUGGUGAGAGGAGCAGCAAGGAGGAAGAGUCUCAUCCACUGAACUGGGUUCUGUGGGACUGGUGUACUGGGUUAAAUGGGAUGAAUGAGCUUCUGUUCAAAGCUUUUGCAGAUGUAACUGCGAACAUAUUUUUUGUACCAAAGAGUGUUGAUGAAAAUCACUAUUUAUGUCUCAUUUUCUCUCCUUUGGGUUGGGUGCCUAUCUUGGUUCUGAAUGGUUUAGAAUAAAGGGGCUGAAAGGAUGGGAGGUGGUGCUGUACCUCCAGGCUCCACCUGAUUGGCUGCCUGAUUGACCAACAGCAUCAGGGCUGAUCGGACCUUAGCUGAACCCUCAGUCCCCAGAAGUUCAAGGACAGAAUGGGGAAAAAGAUCCAAAGGCAAAAGUGGAGCUUAUUUGGAGAUCUGAACUAAACCGAACUUUGCAGCUUUGGGACGGAUUCUGACUCGUCCAUACUGGCCGUCACAUCGGACCAGUCAGCAGAUGGUUUCCUUUGCUCCCACCAUCACAGUAGUCCAUGUCCAGAGUAGAGAACAUGACAUGAUGUCUAAAGUGCCUUCACUUUCUGCUGUUAAACUUUGCAAAACUGCAUCUUGGACUGGAUCUGCUUUGCUUCAAUAAACCAACACAGAACCUCAA